GAACCUUCGGAGAAGGUCCGGGAGCAGCUGGCCGAGGCGGAGCUGCGGAAACUGAGGCAGCAGUUUCGGAAGAUGGUAGAGAGCCAGAAAUCCUACAACUUCCGCAACCAGCGCAAGAUGGCGAGACAGCACAAGGAAAUCCAGAGCCUGAAAGCAGAGAAGGAGGACACCACACUGCUUCUGAGUCUCAUGAAGUCUGCAAAGAACGUGGAUCUGGACCAGAAAAACUACAUGGAGCUGCGCUUCCUGCUUCAGACCAAGGAGGACUACGAAAAGCUCAUCCUCUCCAUGAAGAUGCUACUGGCCGAGCUUGAUGACAAGAUUAAUCAGAUGGAAAAGAAAAUCUCAGUCCAAAAACAGAUCUUCGUGAAAGCACAGGAAGCCAAUAACCCCCCGAAGCUGCAGAAGCAGAUCCAAAUUUUGGAGACCCGGUUGAACCUGGUGACUGUCCACUUUGACAAGAUGCUGACCACCAAUGCCCAACUCCGGAAGGAGAUCGAGGACCUGCGCUUUGAGAAGGCCGCCUAUGACAAUGUCUACCAGCAGCUCCAACAGCGCCUUCAGGUGCAGAAGAAGACCAUGACUGAGGCCAUUGAGCUGUCUGCGCAGGCCUACGAGCAGAGGGUGGAGGCCAUGGCUCGAAUGGCUGCCAUGAAGGACCGCCAGCAGAAGGACAUCUCUCAGUACAACCUAGAGAUCCGAGAGCUGGAGCGUCUGUACGCCCACGAGACCAAGCUGAAGUCCUUCCUGCUUGUCAAGCUCAACGACCGCUCGGAGUUCGAGGAGCAAGCCAAGAGAGAGGAAGCUCUGAAGGUGAAGAAGCACGGGAAGAAGAACAAGGGCGAGAGCUUCCAGAGCUACGAGGUGGCUCACCUGCGCCUGCUGAAGCUGGCCGAGCAUGGGAACCUGACCAAGCUCACCGAGGAGUUCCUGGCCAAAGAGGACAACAACUUUGCGCGCUUCACCUACGUCACUGAGCUCAACAACGACAUGGAAACGAUGCACAAGAAGACGCAGAGGGUCCAGGAUGACAUCAUCCUUCUGCGAUCGCAGCAGCAGUCCAUCCAUGAUGACACCCGGAGCAUCCUGAAGCAGAUGGAGGAGAAGCUGAAGAAGACCACAGAGGAGGCCGAUAUGUACGAGAAGAAAUGCGAGGAGAUGAACAAGACCUUGGAGCACCUCAAGAGCUUAGUGGAGAGGCUGUUUAAGAAGAUCAACUGUGAUGCCACCAAGAUCCUGGUGCAGCUCGGGGAGACCGGGAGCAUCACCGACACCAACCUCCUGAAGUAUUUCGCCAUCAUAGAGGAGAAGACCAACGACCUCCUGCUGUUGGAGACCUACCGGCGCCUACAGGAGGCGGAGACCUCAAUGGCUGAGGUCCGUAUGCCCUUUGACAACCCCUUCUGGGGCGGCUCUGCACUCCUCAAGCCCCCAGAGCCCAUGAGGAUUGUGCCCCCUGCGAUUGGCACUGAGCCCUUAAUCGACAAACUGGAUGACUUUGAUCAGCCCUUGGACCAUGAUUCCCUCCGGCAGCUGGUGCUGGACAAUUACUUCCUGAAGGAGGCACGCGGCAGGGAUCUGGGCAGCCUGACAGAGAAGGGAGACGAGCCGAGGUCCAAGAAGAAGGCGACGCUCUGA